CUAAAUUGCUUGCAUCCGACGGUUCUCUCCUUCUUUUCUGACCGGCAUCGGACGGGUCAAAAGCCGCCAUGCCGCACUAAAACGCAACAACUUGAAAUAAACAAGCAGCCGCUCACGUGCCCGCUCUAAAGGCUUGGGUCUUCAGCACGUGAUCAUCUCUCACAUCUACCGUAACACGUGCUUCCCUGUAUCAUACGUGUGAACUGUUCAAGUGCAAUAGCGGGAGAAGGGGAGUAGAGAGAGAGAGAGAGAGAGAGAGAGAGACCGAGGGGGGCUGCAGCCGCUGAACUUCACUUCACAUUGCCUUUCAUCUCUCUCUGCUCUCUGCCAUUCCCAUUUUCGUUUGGACUCUAAAUUCUCUGAAUGUUCUUAUCAGAUGCUAAACUUUGAAAUUUUACAGUGUUUGCCUUCCAUUUCACAUUGUUCAUUUGAGCACAUUCUACUCGGUAGGCACUGAACGAUUGCAAAAAUGAGACAAAGGGUUUCUUUCAGUCUAACCCUUCCACUUACUCUACUUUUGCUUCUCUGUGUAUAUGAGUCCCGUGGCGGUUCAGUUAGGAAUACGGAAGCAAUAGCUCCUGAUAUCUCAUCCACUGUAAACCCUCAGCCUUUCCUUCCUUUACUAGCCCCUUCACCAUUGACGGCAUUCACAAAUUACAGCAUCCCGAAAUUAUCAGGACUUUGUACAUUAAAUUUUUCAGCGGCUGGAAAUAUGAUGAGCGUAACGGCAACUGACUGCUGGGCUUCCUUUGCACCCUUGUUGGCGGAUGUGGUUUGUUGUCCUCAAUUUGAUGCCACCUUAGCGACUCUUAUAGGGCAAUCCAGUAAAUACUCUAGGAUGCUCGCUUUGAAUGUGACCCAUGCUAAGCACUGCCUCUCAGAUGUUGAGAAGAUCCUAGAGGGUCAAGGAGCAAACGAGAAUAUUCAAAAGAUAUGCUCAAUUGAACCAGAAACCCUCACUGGAGCUUCUUGUCCUGUUACAGAGGUUGAUACAUUUGAGAGCACUGUGGAUUCUUCAAAACUACUUGGCGCUUGCAGAAAAGUUGAUCUUGUCAAUGAGUGUUGUGACCAAGUUUGUGAGAAUGCCAUAUUAGAUGCUGCUAGAACAAUUGCCGCGAUUGGUAUGCCAAAUUCGAAAGGGGUCAAUCUAUUGCCUGAACACUCAACUAGGAUUGAUGAUUGUAAGAAUAUUGUCCUGCGAUGGCUGGCCAGUAACCUUGAUCCUUCUUCUGCGAAUAAGGUUCUUAGAGGACUUUCAAAUUGCAAAGUAAAUAAAGUUUGUCCUCUGGUUUUCCCGAACAUGACAACUGUUGUGAAAGAAUGUGCAAAUGGUGGUAAUCAGACAGCAUGCUGCAAAGCAAUGGAUAGUUAUGUUUCUCAGUUGCAACAACAGAGUUUCAUUACAAACUUGCAGGCCUUGAAUUGUGCAGCAUCACUUGGAGUGAAGUUGCAGAAAGCUAAUGUAUCCGACAAUGUUUAUAAUCUUUGUCAUAUAAAUCUCAAAGACUUCUCUCUUCAAGUUGGAUCACAAGAAUAUGGCUGCCUUCUGCCAAGCUUGCCUUCAGAUGCAACUUAUGAUAUAACUUCGGGAAUCAGCUUCAUUUGUGAUCUUAAUGACAACAUUGCGGCUCCAUGGCCCUCUUCCUCUUCUGAACAUCCAUCAUCUUGCAAGAAAACUACCAAACUUCCAACAGUACCCAAAGCAACAUCUGCACAAAGUGGUCUUAUCAAUGAGGAUUUGAUCUUCCUUUCUUUCUUUUCCUCCUUACUGGUUCUGAAGGUGCUCCUUUGAAGUUGGCAGCAGAGGUUCUUUCUUUGUUUUUUAGUCAUGUGACAACAGCUUUUACAUACCUUUUUAUAUGAGCCCGUUGUAAAUCUGAGAUUGGGAAAGGACUUGACAUUUACAAGUCCAACAUGUGUCUAUGUUUCAUGAUAUAGCUAUUUUUCUGUGAGGUUUUUGUCC